CAACUACCCAAAGGCUUCUUCCACUCGACUCCUCGACGCUUCGAAUCGUUGUGGGGCGUGACCUUCCUCUUGCGCGACUUGCCAAACAAAACAAAUCAUCGGAAUCAGGAUCCGGAUAUAACCGCCGAUUUCAAUGGAAGCUUUCCUACCGUAACAGCUGAUCCCUUCCAAACCGGUCAGCGCAGUAACCAGACAUCCGGGCGCGCACAACCGUCGCCACGCGCGCGCCGCUGGGUUCGCCGCCGCAGAGGCAGAAGGCACUCCGGGAGCGCAGGUGGGGGCGCCGCGGACGCAGAAGGGUCGAUGUGGAUGGACGAGGUGAGGGGGAGGGAGCGCGGGGAGCUGCGCGCCCGGCGGUUCCAGGCCGGCGCCAGGGCGCGCCGCGCGGCCUCGCUCGCGCUCUCCAACCGCAAGGAGUUCGCUACCCCGCACCACGGCGCCGUCAACUCGCUCCAGGUUGAUUUGACAGAGGGGAGGUACCUGCUCUCCGGGGCAUCGGAUGGGUCGGCCGCUGUGUUCGAUGUGUGGAACGCGACCGAAUACGAAGCCGGGUUCAUAGCCAAGCACAGGAACAUACUGCUUGUGGACAAGCAACACCAGAAUGGCCACAGGUUCGCCGUCUCGGCGGCCGUUUGGUAUCCUGUGGAUACGGGGCUGUUUGUCACAGCAUCCUUUGACCAGUAUGUCAAAGUUUGGGAUACCAAUUCGACUCAGGUCGUCAUGGAAUUUAAGAUGCCUGGAAAAGUGUACACUGCAGCCAUGUCUCCGGUCGCAACAACGCACAUGCUCAUCGGUACUGGGACCGCAGAUGUUCAGGUCCGUCUGUGUGACAUUGCUUCUGGAGCCUUUACCCACACGUUGUCAGGUCAUCGUGAUGGUAUCAUGUCUUUGGAGUGGUCUGCCUCAAGUGAGUGGAUUUUGAUGAGUGGUGGCUGUGACGGGGCAAUACGUUUUUGGGACAUUAGGCGAGCUGGAUGCUUUCAGGUUCUGGAUCAAUCACGGUCUCAACUUGGAAAGAGGCCUCCUCUUGUUAAAAGUGCUGUAGAUAAUCAGGAUCACACAGAUUCCUUAGGACCUUCACCUUCCACAAGGAGCUUAGCUCAGAAAAGGGCAGGCAUUUCUAAGAAGAGCUCACCGGCUUUGCGCAAAAUUCAAAACCUAACACAUGGACAGAUGCAACAGAGAUUGCAUCCCGGUUUGUCAUCCAGUCAAAACCGUGCUACAGCUCAUUAUGGUGCUGUUACUGGAUUACGAACAACUACAGAUGGGAUGUACCUUCUUAGCUCAGGAUCUGAUUCUCGUUUAAGACUGUGGGAUAUCGAUUCAGGCUGCAAUACUCUGGUCAAUUUUGAAGCUAUGCGAUUGCAGACAGGCAAGCCAUUACAAUUAGCUGUCACUGAGGAUCCUUCACUUGUAUUUGUUCCAUGUAUGGCAAGCAUCAAGGCAUACAAUUUAUGGUCUGGUACAACAUUUCGAACAUUUCGAGGGCACUAUGAACUUGUGAAUUGCUGCUACUAUAGUGAACAGGACCAAGAACUUUAUACUGGCGGAAACGACAGGCAAAUUCUUGUGUGGACUCCAUCAACUCCAGCUUUUACUGAAAUGGAAGAUCAUGACAAGACCCUUUCAGGAGCUGAUGAGGAUAACUGGAGCGACUAAGAAACAUGUACCUUCUUCCCUGGAACCAGGAGGACUACUUGUAUAUACUGACAUUGAUGUUAGUGAUGUUAACAAAUAACAAAUGCUGAUAUUCUUGGUAUAUUUUCAAAAAUAUGGUACAUUACCAUGUGAAAUAUUGACAGAUCAUUGAAAUAAUUUGGAGCCUUCCAAAAAUGUUAUUUGGCCCUGGAGCCUUGUUUUCUUCA